AUGCUGGAGAGGAUUACAUUCAAUCUGUGUGAUUCCACCCUCGUUUUAUCAUACAGCACAGUCAUUGACAUCAGCAGAUUCCCCGUGACAGCAAUUACACUUGAAGAUGGAGGAACGGAGAGUUUUACACUGGCAGAUGAAGGGAGUCACAUAUCUCCUGAAAGUGGUAGUAGCACUGUGACCAUUGAUAUUUCUGGUGAUUUGAACCCCCACCGAGAAGCUAUGCUGUAUGGUGACACAACCUCGGUUUCAAUAGAAGCGGAUUCAGCAUACGAUUUCAGCUUGCCACCUCGAGCAGCUAGUGCUGAGUCAAACACACCGGUUGAUGUAAUUGUCCCCGACGAUACUGAUUGUGGCCCGGUGCUAGUUAGCUACACACUGGACCUGAAUGACAGUGUGUUGUAUUUGAUGUACCGUGAAACAGUGGAUGUGUCUACCUUCAACCCAACAUUUUUGACUCUCCAGGAUGCUCGUUCUGAUGCUAUUGAAAAUGUUUCCAUUACAUCAAAUUCAUUUGAGUGUCUCAACUUCUCCACCAUUGUGCUGACUCUGAAUGAUCGAGAUGUCGAUGAGCUAAAUAUUCGUCCUGAAGUAGGAACUGGUGUUGGCGAUACCUACCUUUCAAUAGUAGCUAAUGCUGUUCAAGACAUCCUUGGAAAUAGUGCUCCAGCUAUUGACACUGAAAAUGCCCAGCAAGUUUCGGUAUUUGUGAAAGACACCAUCAACCCAAUCAUUGAACGGUUUGAAAUUAAUCUUGAUGCAAAGACUGUGAGUGUUCAGCUGAAUGAAGUAGCCGACCGCCUCUCCGUGAACAUGACACAUCUCACAGUCCAAGACACUCCACUAAAUCCAUCCCACACAUUCACCUUCACAGGGCACAAUAAUCCAACACAGAUGAGUCGAACAACCACCAUAGAGCUGAUCCAAGAUGAUGUAAACCAACUCAACACCCUGGAUAUUUGUACAACAAUGGAGGACUGCUAUGUUUUCGUAUCUGAAGGUUUCAUCACCGACGCUGCCGGUAAUGAAGUUGUGCCUACAGAACUCCAAGCAACAAACUUUACCAGUGACAUGACUAACCCUGCCUUUUCCCAGUUCCGCAUGAUGGAUGUAGACUCUGGGAUUAUGUCAUUGCAGUUUACUGAGACUAUUGAUGCCGAUUCGCUUCAAGUUAGUUCUUUGAGACUGCAGAGUACAGCAGAUGGAAGUGGAGCUGAUUUCACAAUGUACACACUAACCGGUGGAGAAAUACUUAGUGGAAGUAGCAGUGAGAUAGAGCUCAGAUUUUCCCAGGAUGAUCUGAAUGCCAUCAAACUUGAUGAUUUCCUGUGUACACGUCGCACUGACUGCUACAUUCGCUAUGCACCAGGCUUUGCUUCUGAUGCCUUUGGCAAUCCCCUGCCGGCUCUUGCGAAUCAGAUGACAAAUUCACAGCACUACCCACUCAUCUAUGUGCCUGACAGAACAGGUCCCACAAUAACAUCAUUCAAUCUUGACUUGGAAUCCUCACUUCUUGAACUCUCCUUUGAUGAAUGGUUCAGUGUUUCUAACUUUGAUCCACUUGCCCUAUCUCUCCAAGACUCUUCAACAGCCAGUACGUCCUACACUCUCACUGGCGGUACAGUCAUUUCAUCUAAUGACACUGGAUUGACACUUCAGUUGACAAGUGAUGAUACACUAGCAAUCAAGGCAGAUCCCAUCCUUGCUGUCUCACCUUCCUCGACCUAUAUCGUCAAUUCUCCAUCUCUAACUACUGAUGUUUCCAGCAAUGGUGCCUUUGAAAGAGAAAAUGGAGUGAAUGCCCUAAGAGUCAACAAAUUUGAUGAAGAUAUCACUGAUCCAACAUUUGUGUCUUUUGAGUUGUUCAACCACGAGACUUCACAGAUCUCUCUCAAGUUUUCUGAGCCAAUUGAUGUCACUACAGUGAACUACAGUGCUAUUACUCUACAGUCAGAGGAAACUGGAGGAAUAACUCUUCAGUUGGAUGGUGGACAAGCUGAACUAGCUACCACAGAUUUGACCAUUCUCAUAAUAACUCUGUCAUUUGAUGACCAGUUUAUACUGAGGCAAAUGAACACAUUAGCUGUCAGCCGAGAUUCUGCCUUUGUAGCUUUUGGACCAACAGCAUUUACAGACACAGCUGGAAAUCCAGUGAGUGAAGUACCAACUACUAGUGCCAUGAUGGCAGGACGUGUUACACUAGAUUUCUUCCCACCACAACUUGCUGGCUUUGAGCUUAACAUGGAGGAUAGUCUGUUGACCUUGACAUAUGAUGACAUCAUCCGCCCAAUGGAGUACUCUGCUAGUGGUGUGAAUUUCCAGAAUACGGCCAACUUCCCAACACUCUCAUACACACUAACAGGAGGAGUCAGUCUCUCUAAUGACACUCUGGGAUUCAUUCUUCCAGCCACCAUCACUGUUUCUGAUCUAUUACAGCUCAAGCAUAUCAUUGGCCUCGCCACCGGCAUUGAGGAUACAUACAUAUCUGCAACAUCAGAUGUGACACAGAGAGCUGAUGGUACAGCUGUGUUUCCAACUGCCGAUGUGCAGGCAACCAGCUUCAUUCGUGAUCAGACGGCACCUAAUGUUACAGCAUUUAGUCUCAAUUUGACUACUGAGAUUUUGACACUCUUAGCCAAUGAACCACUGGAUCCUUCCUCAUUUGAUGGUACAGGAGUCACUCUUCAAAACUCUCCAAAUGCUACAGGAAUUGGCAUUUCAAGUGUAACACUGUCUGGUGGCACUGCUAUGCAAACAGAUGAGUCCAUCUAUCUGAUUGACAUCCAGAUUACAACAUAUGAUUUAAACAGAAUGAAGCAAAUGGUUGAACUUGCUACAUCAACAAAUAACGUGUUUAUUUCCCUGGACUCCACAGCUAUUGCUGACUUUGGUGCAAAUGGAGUUAAUCCUAUAUCAGGAAUGGAGGCAUUAGACACUGACGUCUUUGGUACUGACCUAAUUGCACCUAGAAUUAGCCAAUUCACCCUUGAUCUGAAUGCUGGGGAAAUUGUAAUGAGUUUUACUGAAGUUGUUCGAGUCGACAUCUUUGAUUCUUCAAGUAUAACACUACAAACGGCUGCCACUGUAUACAAUAAAUCAGAUACAUUUACUUUUGUUUCACUCUCUCCACUUACUGGAUAUAGUUUGAACAAUCUAUCCAGCAUCAUACUGUUUGGUCUUGAGCAAUCUGACUUGAGUGAACUUAAAUUGCACGACCAGUUAGCUAAGUCUGGUACUACAUUUGCGACCUUUGAAUCUUCAAUCACAGUCGACAGUAACAACCAUGCCUUGGUCGGUGCUUCUAAUGGAAGUGCAGUUGAAGUGAGCAUAGUGGAAGACACAUCGGGCCCUGUUGUGGGAUCAUACACCAUUGAUCUUGACACGGGAGUACUGUUCUACACAUUUGAUGAACCUGUAGAUGAAAGCAGUGUGGAUGUAAUGGCACUGUCCAUUCCUCUUCCGAGCAACAACAGCUCCAUAUAUGUACUGCCUGAAGAUGCUACUGUUUCCCAGCAGGAGGAUAAUGAUGUCAUUGUUACUCUUUCGGCAGCUGAACUGACUAACCUGCUUGAAUUUGUCAACGGAGAGACUCUGGAUACAGUGUACUCCACACCAGACUUUGUGUCCGACAUCUUUGGGAAUGCUGCAAGAGAGGUCACCUCUGAUGAAAUUGUGCACGCAAGUGCCUUCUUCCCAGAUGAAACAGGACCUUAUCUCAAUGCUUUCAAUCUGGAUAUGAACACAGGAGUAUUGGAGCUUAACUUCAGUGAAGCUAUCAGGUUCAACUCAUUUGAUCCAUCGGGAAUUAUAUUCCAGAAUGAUCCUGUUGCCACAAGUAGCUACGCACUUACUACCAACUCUACGUUUACACUGACUCGUCCCAGAUCAAUUGAAGUACAGAUUGGUAGGAGGGAUCUUAGUGGUAUCAAGGCAGCAGCAGGCUUGGCAACAGCUACAGACAACGUAUACAUAAGUACCACUGGGAACCUUGUGUCAGAUUUAUUCUCAAAUGGUGCCCAGGAAACACCUGAAGGUGAAGCAUUGCAGGUAUCCACCUUUGUCCCAGACGGAGUAGCUCCCGAAUUUGUAUCUUUCACAUUCGGUGCUCUGGAUGGACGUGUGUCGCUCUCCUUGACUUUCACUGAAGUUAUUGAUUAUACAUCCGUGGAUGCAUUACUGAUUGAGAUAAGUGACCGAAUGGACGAAAUGUACAUGCUCCAGACCAGCUUUCCUCUUUCCAUCAACAGUGAGGUGAUCACAAUACCUCUAAGUGAUGGUGACAAUUCAGAUCUAGAGUUCAUUUUGAAUAACUUUGUGUCCCUUGGGAGGUACCGGAAUUCAACAUACAUCACUUUACCCGAAGGGGUGAUAAAAGAUGCUCAGGGAAUUGCACUUGAACCUGUAUCCGACCCUAUUCAGUCAUCCAAUGAACCAGGAGAUCUCGUACCACCUGAACUCAAUAGUUUCAACCUCAACCUCAACACAGGUGUGAUGACUCUCACUUUCUCAGAGACUAUCCAAGAGAGUUGGUUUGAUCUAAGCACUAUCACCAUCCAGCCGAUGGAAAAUGGUGGGACUGGUUAUUCCCUGACCAACGGCUCAGUUAUACCGAUUUCCAACACACAGUUCAUGGUCAAUCUAAGUUCUACUGAUGUUAAUAACCUCCAGGCUCUUACUGACAUUGGUACAGAUGAAUCCAACACUUACAUCUCUCUUGAAAGAGGCUUAGCUAGUGACAGUGGAGGUCUGCAUGUUCUUCCUAUACCAUCAACUGCGGCUCUCCAAGUUGUGAAUUUCACAGGAGAACUAAACCCACCAUCACUUCUCGGUUUUGAACUGAGUUUAAGUGGGUCUGAGCCUAUGAUUUUGACAUUCUCUGAAACUGUCUUGGUUAGUACUCUACUGAUAGAUCGUGUCUUUCUGCUCAGUGAACCCAGCAGCUCAGCAGUGGAGUUUGCCUUUACUGAAUGGACUGUGCUAUCUACUGAUGGGCCUGUGAUUGAAAUAGAACUCUCAGUUGCUGACAAGGGUAGCCUACAACAAUUGCCUGACCUUGCAACUUCUAUUGAAAAUACUUAUAUCCGUGUGACUGAAGGAGCAGUAAAGGAUUCGGAUGGUCGUGCGGUCAUUGGUUUGUCAAGAGACGAGGCUAUCCAGGCAUCUAAAUUCACACCUGACAUUCUUCCACCAUCACUUAUUCAGUUCACGAUUGACAUGGACAGCGGCCUGCUUGUACUAACUGCAGAUGAACCAGUUGAUGGUGCAACCUUUGUGUCUACAGCAUACACACUUCAAAACUCAGAGACGGCACCUUCCGUAUUCUUUUCUUUGACUGAAGACUCUGAACUCAUAAGGAUAACUGACUUCACCAUAAUAACUGUUGCAAUAGGUGACGAUGAUCUGAACAUGAUAAAGGCACUUGAUAUUUGCACGACCAAUACGACAUGCUUUUUGACCUAUGCUGAUGGAGCAAUUGCCGAUACAUUUGGAGAAACAGCGGAAAACAUAACAACUGGUCUAUCACCGUCUGAAUUCACUGCAGAUACCACCAAGCCGAGACUGCUGAGGUUCGAUGUAUUCAGCAGGGCAACAGGCAUUGUUAAUCUCACUUUCACUGAGACGAUUCGGUCUAGUUCGUUCGAUCCAUCACAGGUUACACUUCAGUCAUUCACGUCCGGCCCAUCUGUGACUACCUCCACUUUGAGUGGAGGUAAAGUCACAGAUAGUCCACCAACAGUUACUCUGACACUGACUGAUGAAGACAUGGCUGGCAUUCGCUUGAAUCCAUUCGUGUGUAUAUCGAGAGGUAACUGUUACAUCACUCUGACAGCCUCUACACUGACAGACAUAGCGGGAAAUGCUCUUACGGCAGAAAGUAGUGGCCUCUUGGCCGAUCGGUUUGUGUUUGAUGACAUUCCUCCAGUACUCAACAACUUCACACUGGAUGUUAAUAGUGGAGAGCUCACUCUAACAUUUUCUGAGCCUGUGUCUGCAGAGGUCUUUGAUGCAGAAGGAAUCACUCUUCAAGAUUCCAGGUCAUCUCCCAACUCGAGCUACCAGCUGACAUCGAGUAGCUUAACAUCAAGUGAUAAUGGAGUCGAAAUACUCGUAUCUCUCUCCAACUAUGAUCUGAACCAUAUCAAAGAGUCCCAGUUGGCUCUCAAUGACAAAAUAUUCAUUGCUCUCACAGAAGAUGUCACACGAGAUUUAGCUUUAGUCCCUAAUCAACUAAUGCCAACUGAAGUGGACAAUGCUUUGCAAGUACAGGGAUUCGCUGGCGAUAAUGAUCCACCAGAGCUGCAACAGUUCAUACUCGAUCUGACUGAAGACACCAUCCAACUUGUUCUGGAUGAACCUAUUAAUACCACAGCAAUAGCUUACUCAGAAAUCUUCCUUGGACUUUCACCUACUACACCAAUCAUAUCUCUGGAUGGUGCAAAUCUAACCAGUACUAUGAUCAGCAGUACGGUGUCGGUAACUUUCAGUCUGGCACCUGAAACAAUCAUUUCCCUGAAAUCAAAUUCCAACUUUGGCACUGACUCUACCAACACAUACCUCAUUUUAAAUCCAGGUGCUGUGAUGGAUUUCGCAGGUAACGUUGCCUCGCAAGUAGAAACCCUGGAUGCAAACGUUGUGUAUCCUGAUACAACAAAUCCCCUUCUGAUUAGGUUCGUUCUCAACCUUGAAAGUGAUGCCUUGGAACUGACAUUCAAUGAUGUAGUCGAUCCAAGAGACUUUGAUCCUACUGGCAUAACCUUACAAGGUAGUCAGUUUAGAGCUGAUUCUGGUGCCUACUACACUCUAACUUCAGCAAGUACAGCACUGACAACUGCUAGUGGAUUUUUACUCAAUGUGAGCCUCUCCACAGAUGCACAAGUGAUUCGAGAAAACCAAGGUCUUGGAACAAGCAUUGAUGACACCUAUAUUACAAUGCUUGCAAGUACAAUUGAUUCUCCAAGUGGUAUGGAUAAUGCAGCUCUGACUGAUGGAAAGGCACUGCAGGCUUCUAAUGUCAUCUUUGAUCGCCAGCCACCAAUGCUACAAUCUUUCGACCUGGAUUUGGAUGAAGGACUACUGAUAAUGUCCUUCAACGACUUCAUUGAUGAAGAUUCUGUUCAGUUGACACAUAUAGUUAUCCAAGACCAGGAAUUAGCCACUCCAGGCAUCACUUACCGGCUUACUGAUAGCAGUACCGUGUCGGUUGCACUUGACAAACUGACAGUUUAUCUCUCUGACACUGAUCUGAAUGGAAUAAAAUCUACCGAAGGUCUAGCUACGAGCUCUUCAAAUACCUAUCUCAGAGCUAAUUCCACAGCUCUUACUGAUAUAUCAGGCAUUGAACUUGUAGCAGUGUUAGAUGGAGCUGCAGAGAAAGUGUCUAGCUUCACUGCUGACACUACAAGACCAUCUGUGGAGAGCUUUGUUCUAGACCUUGACAGUGGAAUAAUAUCACUGACGUUUGACGAGUUUGUAGACUUAUCCAGUCUUGACACAACUCAGAUAUUUCUGCAGAGCAGGGCUGACAGCAAUGCUGGACUAACUAAUUCUGUUACUCUUUCAGGGAGUCAACCUAUUGAAGACACAAAUACCGAUGAACUUCAGCUGCGACUGCCUAUUAGCACACUGACAGAUGAGUUCUCUGAUACCUUUGGCAGUUUGAGGACCAAUACCUUCCUGACUCUCACUCUGUUUGCUGCUUCAGAUCUCGGUGGCCUCCCAGUUCAACAGAUAAGCAGCAGUAAUGGGCUAAUGGCAUCUGAUGUGACUCCCGAUCUUAACCCACCAACACUUGUUGCAUUUGAUCUGGAUCUUGGUGAGUCACUUCUCACCUUGUCCUGGUCAAAGCCGGUUCUAGACUCCACCCUUGACUUUAGUAGGCUUCAGGUCCAGAACAUGGCCGCCAGCUCACCGACACGGACACGUGCAGUGUCAUCUAACAGCGUGACUGGAGGCGAAGAUGGAUCUGUAAUUGAGAUCAUGCUGACAUAUGAUGACAGUACAUUCUUGAAAGAAACAUCAAAUAUAGCUGAUUCCAGAGCCACAACUUUCAUUAGUGUAGGAGCCAGUGCAGUUAAGGGAGCUCUGGGAAACAGAGAAUCAACUGAAAUACUACCUGACAAUGCUCUGCAAGUCAAAACUUUCACUGCCGAUAGACAACCACCUGGAGUUGUGGCAUUUAACUUGGACCUGAAUGCUAAUUCUCUCAUAAUAACCUUUGAUGAGAGGCUAGCAGAUGUGACACCCACAGCAAUCCAGUUUCAAGAUUCAGAAUCUUCUGUGAACUACACCUUCACAGAUAGCUCGCACGUUUUCUCUAAUAAUCUCGUAACCUUGUCAUUGGGUCCAGCUGAUCAAGAUGGAAUCAAGUCAAAUCCAGGGUUCCUUACAAACAGUGUGAUUGCUUUACUGAGUGGAUCGGCUACUGAUAUAUCUGGAAAUGAGGUUACAACAACUGAAGUCUAUGAAGUCAUUGGUGAAAUCACGCAAGACAUGAUUCGACCUGUACUGGAUGGCUUUGAUCUAGACUUGAGCAGAGAGAUCUUAAGCCUUUCAUUCAGUGAAGUUGUUGACACCUCUUCAAUUCAACUAUCGGAACUCACCAUUCAAAACAUGCGGUCUGUAAAUCCAUCAUCACCGUAUGUACUUACCAAUUCCAGCUCCGUACGUUCUACCCUGGGAAGAGUAGUGGAGGUUCAUCUGAUUGGUAGUGAUGCUAUAAAUAUCAAGGCAAACUCAGCUCUUGCUACUGCGACAGACAACACUUACAUCGUUGUUGAUUCUAAUUUCAUAGCAGACUUUGCUGGGAAUCCUGUUGUGUGCCAUUGA